CCGGGCGCUGGGAGCGGCGGCAACUUCCCCUCAAGUCCGUCCGGCGGUGUUGGUCGCUAUGCGGCCCGGCUGAACGCGGCCCGAGAGGGGGCGGGCAGGGCAGGGCAGGGCGAGCGCCAGCAAAGCCGCCGCGUCCGGAGCCGCCCCGCAGCCCCCGGUUAAGCCGCCCUCCCCCCGGGCGGGGCGGGCCCCGCCGCGGCCGUCCCAUGUCCCGCAAGGCCGGCGACAAUGUGGAGUACACGCUGCGGAGCCUGAGCAACCUGAUGGGCGAGAAGCGGCGGCGGCAGGCGGAGGGGGCCGCCGGCUCGGGCGCGGCGGCGGCGGGCGAGCGGAGCCUGAUCGCCGCCGAGUCGUGCUCCAGCCUGAACAGCGCGGCGUCGGGCGCGGAGCUGGAGCGGGCGGCGAGGCGGCAGUUCCAGCGGGACGAAACGCCCGGCUUCGUCUAUGUGGUGUCGGUGUUCUCCGCCCUCGGGGGCUUCCUCUUCGGCUACGACACCGGCGUGGUCUCGGGGGCCCUGCUGCUCCUCAAGCGGGAGCUGAACCUGGACGCGCUGUGGCAGGAGUUGCUGGUCUCCGGCACGGUGGGCGCCGCCGCGCUGUCCGCCCUGGCCGGCGGCGUCCUCAACGGGCUGUGCGGCCGGCGGCCCUGCAUCCUGCUGGCCAGCGGCCUCUUCACGGCCGGGGCCGGCGUGUUGGCGGCCGCCCGCGACAAGGAGACGCUGCUGGGGGGCCGCGUGGUGGUGGGACUGGGCAUCGGUGUAGCAUCUAUGACAGUGCCUGUGUACAUCGCAGAAGUUGCUCCACCACACUUAAGAGGCAGAUUAGUCACCAUUAACACCCUGUUCAUCACUGGAGGGCAGUUUUUUGCAAGCGUUGUGGAUGGACUGUUCAGCUACCUCGUGAAGGAUGGAUGGAGGUACAUGUUGGGGCUGUCAGCUGUGCCGGCAGUUAUACAGUUCUUUGGUUUCCUGUUUCUCCCUGAAAGCCCCCGCUGGCUGAUUCAGAAAGGCCAGACUCAGAGAGCACGGAGGAUCCUGUCUCAGAUGCGUGGCAACCAGGCAAUCGAUGAGGAGUAUGACAGUAUCAAAAACAACAUCGAAGAAGAAGAAAAAGAAGUUGGAGCAGCUGGACCUGUGAUCUGCAGAAUGCUAACAUACCCUCCAACUCGAAGAGCCUUAAUUGUGGGUUGUGGUCUGCAGAUGUUUCAACAACUGUCAGGGAUUAACACCGUCAUGUACUACAGCGCGACCAUCCUGCAGAUGUCGGGGGUUGAGGAUGACAGGCUGGCCAUCUGGCUGGCCGCCCUCACAGCCUUCAUCAACUUCAUCUUCACACUGGUGGGAGUCUGGCUCGUGGAGAGGAUGGGCCGCCGGAAGCUGACGCUGGGCAGCUUAGCAGGUACUGCUGUAGCACUUAUUAUCCUAGCUUCGGGAUUUUUGCUGUCAGCUCAGGUCUCACCAAGAGUCACACUUAAUCCACCAGAUCCUUCACAUCAAAACUCUACCUGCACAAAAUACAGUUACUGUAAUGGAUGUAUGUUAGAUCCGGACUGUGGUCUCUGCUACAAACUGAAUCAAUCAAGUGUUGUUGAGUCCUCGUGCAUCCCUGUUGAUAAACAUUCUACCAUGAAAGCUGCUUGGGGCAGGUGCUCAAAUGAAACCGCAUUCAAAAAGGAAGAUUUGUUCUGGGCAUAUAAUUUCUGCCCCACCCCAUACUCCUGGACAGCACUUCUGGGCCUUAUUUUAUACUUGGUUUUCUUUGCACCUGGGAUGGGUCCUAUGCCCUGGACCGUCAAUUCUGAAAUCUACCCUCUGUGGGCAAGAAGUACAGGAAACGCGUGUUCAUCUGGAGUCAACUGGGUUUUCAACGUGCUGGUGUCACUGACCUUUCUGCAUACAGCUGAAUAUCUGACCUACUAUGGAGCCUUCUUUCUGUAUGCAGGGUUUGCUGGCCUGGGACUCCUUUUCAUCUAUGGCUGCCUUCCUGAGACUAAAGGGAAAAAACUAGAGGAAAUUGAAUCUUUGUUUGAAAGCAGGCUAUGUACGUGUGGUAUGUCAGAUUCUGAUGAAGGGAGGUAUAUUGAAUAUAUUCGGGUGAAGGGAAGUAAUUACCAUCUUUCUGACAAUGAUGCUUCUGAUGUGGAAUAAUUUUCAGCUGCUGAUGUAUUUAAUCAUGUAAAAGCCUUCUGGGGGAAAAGCAGCUCUCUGGUGACCUCACUGCCCUGCUUCUGGUCUGGUUCUCCUUUCUGCUGUCUAGUUAAAAAUGCCUUCAUGUUCAAAACGGCUCCGUUUGGGAGGAAAUUCAAUAUGCUCAUGUUUUCUUGAUAACUAAAAGCAAUGGCUUCCAAAAGAGAUUGAAUUCCACAAUGAUAUGUUUGCAAUCCCACACCAUGUCGAGGUAUUUUGCGUGAUGUACUGUGCCAGAUGAAUGUGGAAGGCUAUUCUAGGUGGUCAGUGGUUGUCCUUACCUUCAGUACUGACAAAAGUUAACGUUGUAGCUAGUCAGAAAGCAGCUGACAUUGGUCAGAUCCCCAUAUCAUACCAGCCUACCAGACAGUUCUUGUAUGCCACACAGCAAAGGAUGCUGCUGCAAUAGUAGCCAGUUGAAAGGGUUAACUGAUUGUAAAAGCUACAGAUAUCACCUGUGUAUCGUUGUCCAAAUUUAUCCCAAUGGAAUUUCAUUUGUGUUCAUUUGAGAUAACCACAGAGGGCCACGGUCACCUACAUGGUGCCCUACCAGGGUGUAGUCCCAGGUCGUGUCGCGGUUGCUGCUCUUUAAGGACACACUGCAGUCAGCAGUUCGUGUUGGUGAGAUCCACUGCCAAACCAACAUUGUGAGAGCAGGAAACUGAAGCCAGGACGUGGCUGCAUGUACCAGUGAGCUGGUGGUGUACAUUGCUAUGGACAUCAGAGAGGCUACAGGCAGUUGGAAAUUAACUAUUUUCGUUCUCCUUUACACCAUGCGUACAUUUGGGUUUGCUCCUAGUUUUGAACACAAAAUAUCAUGAGCUGGAAGAAAUAAAGGGAAGGGAGAGGUUUUCUGCUGCUAAAUGCACAGUGGUCAUUCCUCCUGUGCCUUUUGCUAAUGAAUAAUCCAAUGGCCUUCAGUUUAUCUUCCUAUUGCAGAGUGAGUGAAUCCCAGCAGAUUUUUCCUUCAAAUGCCCUUAGUCAACCAGUGUCUUUCCAGAUUGAAAGAACAAUCUUAGUGAUGGGUAUAAGCCUACAUCUCGUAUUAAUUGCCUUACUGAAGCAUUGCAAAGCUGUCAAGAAACCGUCAGGCACAAAAAUCGAGUUGGCUGCCUUCAGUGUGGUAAUGAAAAUAUUAAUGGCGUUUUAUUCACCUGCCGUGAUUGCUUGCCUUGGCAAAUUGAAUUUUAUGCAGCUACAUAAAAGUGUAAUGUAAUUUUUUUUUUCCUUGCCCUGUUUCCUUCCAUGGCUUCAGUUCUUCAGAGGUAUGAAUUUGAAAGCGUAAAACAUUCAAAUUCUUAUCUCUGAAACCUUCGCUUCAUGAGUGUGCCUGGAGGCUGCUCCCCAUUCACUUGGUAAAAAUACAUUUAUUUUUCAUUGUGUAAGGAUUCAAGAAGUUGUUGGGUUCACUACCUUUUGUAGAUGCACUUUGUGGGCUCUGUUUGGAUUGCAAAAUUAUUUUGAGUGCAAGAGAACUGUCAGAAUGAUGGCGGACACUUGUUACUAAGUUAUUUUUAUUGGACGAUAUGUGGAGUUUUCAUUGUAAUCACGAAGUGUAACGCUGUGCUGUCUGAUCUUAUACAGGAGAGGUCUCUUACUCUCUAAUUGUUGAAAUUCAGUGAUUGGAUGGAUGCAUUUUGGGUUAUUUUCUUUUUUACUUCAUAAAUCAAAGAAAUAUUUUUAGAAAGAAGAUAUUUUAGAGCAUCUUUCUGUAACUUGACUGGGAAUAAAAGGGAAAAGCAUAGCAAGCAGAGGGAGCAAAGAGUCUGCAAAGAACAGACUGACCUGGAACCUCUGAUGGGCAGUGACAGGGCUGCAUCCCAAGCCUCCACCCUCCUUCCCUCUCUGUAAGCACACAGUAUUCACAGGCAUGUAAGCACCAGCAGCUGGAAAGGACCGGCUCUCCGGACCUUUAUCCAAAGGCACCGGUUUUAGACCAUCUGUUGGGCUGCUGCCGCUUCAAAGCCUCGCCAAAGGUGCAGUACAUGGAAUGAGAAAGGGAUGCUUGUCACAGGUGAGAAUGAACUUCAGGGUGAAUUGGUUUCUUUCUGAAACCAAAAAAUAUCUGUUGGAAGACUCUUCUUCAGAGCAGGUUUGUUAUCCAGAGCAGCAUUGGAGUAGGUGCUUACUGCCCAACCUGUGCACACUGGGAUGCUACACAAAGACAGACUGAGGCGGGUAUUUCCUGGCUUUUCAGGGCAAGGACUUACAGCUCUGAUCCCCCAGAAGCAUGAGCCCAAGGUCCCUUGAUGGAAGCAGUUUGUGCACCCAGUUCCAGCACUUACCUCCAUGUCCACAGGUAGAGGACACAGCAGCAUUUUAGUGGCAUAACCAAAGUGAAAUCCCUAUGAAAACUGCUGUCACAAGAUCAGCCUCUGUUUUUUCUUGCAGGCAGUGCUGGGACUUUUUAGCAGCAGAAGACCAUCUUUCUUUGCCUGUGUUGUUUCAUGGACGUUCUCAGGAGCAGCACUCAGUUGUGUGCAGCAGUAGGUUACUUCCCACGCUACAGUUCAGUCUCUCUCAUAGCAGUUCUCUGAAGUUUUACAUCCUGGGCCCUUGAGGCAAAAUGAUUGAAUCACAAGCACCUGGUUUAUUUUCACAACUUCUUAUGAGGAUGCAAAAUAUAUCGGCUUCUUUGCUGCCGACCCCCUUUCCUACCCACAGAGCUGGGCUUUAGUCUUCCUCUGGUUGCUUUACACAAAGGAAACAUUCCACACCUUAUAAACAGCGGACCUACUACCAAGCAUUAUGUCUCUUAAAAGCGAGAUCAAAUACUUGAAAUUUACCUUACACAAUUAGGGUUUUAUCUUUAGAAUCUCUGAACAUUUAUAAUGUAUGAAGGUAAUGAAAUAAAUGUUUCUAUUUUACAAAGAUUUUUAUAUUUGUGCAUAUACUUUUAAGUUUGAAGAAGUUUCGCUAAGGGUAGUGCUGGUGACAUUCCAGACAGAAGAAUACACAUGCAGUGUAGUCGAGUCAUUUCUUAUGCCAGAAGGUUAAUCUAUGAGGUAGCUGAAGUAGUACAGCUAAGCACAAUGUUGUUCUAUGGACAGCUUUCUGCAGGAGGUGGGUAAGAGUUCCUUUGCAGGGACUGCACCUUCAUUCAGGUAUUCAGUGCAUGAGGAGCUGCUGGUAGAGCUGCACGUGGGUCACACGCUGAUCACAGCGGUAUUUCAGGAGGUAUUUCAGUAGCUCAGAUUCUUUACAGGUUUGGGCCUAUGAGCAACAAUAAUAGGAACAAUUCCUGAUGAGUUUUUAACCUUUUAUAAUUUAAUUCACCGUACUUCACCAAUAGAGGUUUGUUAACCAUGCUGAAAUUCUUACAGUGUUGGGCGGUGAAGUCAUUUGCAGCUUGUUUCUUCCCUCUGUCACUUUGCUGCGGGCAGGCUGAGGUCAGGGGCCUUGUUUCCCCCCCUCAUGGGGUGGCAAUAGAGAUAGCAAAGCGAACGCUUCCUUCCUCUCUCACUCAGUUUGUCCCCAGUUGGACACUGGGAGGAAGUUCUGACUCUGAAGGUCACUGCGGGGCUCCCAGCCCUGGGUGAGGGUCUGCGGGUCGGUCAGAGCAGGCUCUGUGCUUCUCAGCCUCAUCCCCCCCUCCACUGCUCUCAACACAGUGCUGCUCCAACACAGACACCUUGCAGUUCUCCUUGCGUUUGCCUUAGAGGCUCUGCAGGCCAAACUCAGCGAGGAAGGGGCAGAGCCCUCAUUGUAUAGAGCGGGAGCCAAGUCAGAGUAGCAAGUCCUGCAAAGCACUUUAACGAGUCAGAUAUCUCUGCACUUUUCCUGAGAGAGCCAAGCCAACCAAACCCCAUUCCCCAUUGGGAAGAAAACAGAGCUUUGUGUACCAGGCCAGAAGCAGAUAAUGCCACAGUAUGUGCUUUAUGGCAAAAUGUGUUCUUAUUGCAGGUAAUAUUUACAGCUUACAUGUAGCUGCUGCCUAUCAAGUGACACAAUUGUUCUCUGGAUUUUAACGAGUCACAUUUUUUGUGCAAAACUCUUGGUGGUUUUCUAUCAAUCUCCAUCGCCUUGUGUACAGUACAGUAAGCGUAGUCCACAAAGUGGUCUAGGUUGUGGCAGUGUUAAAACCGUCAGCACAGUAAAACCUAGGUGAACAUUGUUCAAGAAUAUUGUUGUUUGUGAUACCGGGAGGUUAAAACUCCUUAAAGGCAACUAUAUUAUAGAUUUUAAAAGUCUGAAAAAAAUAUAUAUAAAUAAUGGCAAUUCUUAUCUAUUUUGUGUAUGUUUUCAUAUAGAGAGUUUUUUAUGUGCCGAUAACCAUCACUGUAGUGUUUUGUAAAUGGGUGUUAAUGGUGUUCCAGAGUUGUGUAUAUGAGCAUUCCCUUUAGCCAGGCCGAGCUGUCAGUGUGACCCAGCGGCAUGUUUUUAACCUCUCCACUCCGCUCCUCGAGGCUCAAUGUCAGCUUCACUACAGCACACGGGGAGCUGGACCAGAACCCGGCAUCGGGAACCUACAGUUCACCUCAGGCCCCACUUCUUCACGUUUUUCCUACACGGUGCGUGGCAGCUGAAUGAGCUGGUGUGUGUAAUUCUACAGCUUCAACUGUGCUUCAGUUGCACUCCGAUCUCUCAGAAUUCAGUUUGACAUUUCAUUGCAUUUGCACAAGUAAAGGGAGCGCUGAUUAAUUGUGAAUAAUGUCCCUGUGUUUCUAAAGGUAACAUCCAUUCAGGAAGUGUUGAAAUAAAGGCAAAUUUCUCUCGCUGCCUUAAACAGACUUUGGAGAGGACUGAAUGUAGGACCGUCGUCGUGGCUUCUGCAGGGGAAACUUCAUUUGGUGAGCUGGGUGCUGGGGGAAGCCCAAGGGUCCCAUGGUGCUGGGCUGCCCCAGCUCAUGCCCCCACCCUUCCUGGUGCGUGUCCGCUGUCUGAGUGCUGCUGGGCAUCCGAGUGGUGCUCAUGGAAGUGAUGGGAUGAUUGUUCUUGACGUUCUUCAUGUGCUCCAGUGUCCUGCUGGUCCGGGGCAUAGUGGGAGUCGGCACAAGUCGUGUGUCCGCCUUUCAUCUGGAAUCUCACAACCCCACAAAGGCAUCGCCCGGGUCUUUCUGCCACGAGUUCUCUUUAGGGUAUUUGAGACUUUAUUGGAGACCAAAUUGGUAGAAAUAAAUGCUUUUGUGUUCCAUAAUAAUGGUGCCAUCAGGACGCAUGGAAUGGUACUUGGUACAGAACAGGUCUUGGCAAAACUCACUGUCAGGUUGUCCAAGUUAUUUUGUUAUCUUAACAAUGUCAGACGUGCCAUUUCCUUUUGCAGCCAGUCAAGCCUGUAAUGUAUGAAAGUGUUGUACAUUUUCUGAGACUUCAGUGAUGUAUAAUUAUUUAAUUGACUUCUGUUCUGAUUGCUUUAAUGACGUUCGGUCUUUACAUAAAAGUAAAUAUCUUCCAAGAAUUGUCAGUGCCAGAAGUGUAAAUGAACAAAAUAAAAGGUGAUACUUAAUUACAGAA